UAAAGAAAACAAAAGAAAAUUAUUGCAACAUACAUUGCCCAAAUAUCAAGCACUUGAGUAACUUAAAGCCUUCCCUACCCAGAAAAUUUUCUUGGAGGCGUAUCCACAGAGAAGUUCAAUGGGUACAAAGCUUGCACUUUGUAGUCUCUUGCUUCAUCUCCUGAUUCUACUGGCAGCUUGCGAUGGAAGUGAUUCUGGGACGAAGGAUGUCGAUAUUCAGAGCAGCCCCGGAGGCCAUAAUCACAAUGCUCAUGCAGAUAUGCGUAUAGAGCAAGUUCAUUCCCAUUCAUCAUCCCACAUGCAUCAUGUGGAUUCAUCUCUGAUUGUGUUCUUCUUUCUAGAGGACCUCAAACUCGGGAACACGAUCCCAGUCUACUUCCCAAGAAGGGAAUCAGAAGUCUCUCCUCAUCUACUCCCAAGAGAAGAAGCCGAUGCAAUUCCUUUCUCAUCCCAAGAACUCCAUUACCUACUCCACUUCUUCUCUUUCCCACAAGGUUCCCCUCAAGCCAUAGCCAUGGAAGACACGCUAAGACAAUGUGAGACAAAACCCAUCAAGGGUGAGACCAAGCUCUGCGCAACCUCUUUAGAGUCGAUGCUUGAUUUCACAAGAAUGAUCCUUGGUUCAGAAACUCAGAUAGAAAUUCUAUCCACGUCUCACCUUACACCAUCUAAUACCCUUUUACAGAAGUAUACAAUAAUGGGAAUCAAGGAAACUCCAGCACCAAAGAUGGUGGCAUGUCAUACCAUGCCAUACCCUUAUGCAGUUUUCUAUUGCCAUUACCAAGAAAGCAAGAGCAGGGUGUUCAGAGUUUCACUAACAGGAGAGAAUGGUGAUAAGGUUGAAGCUAUCGCUGUCUGCCACAUGGAUACCUCCCAGUGGAGCCGUAAUCACGUGUCCUUUCAGGUGCUUGGGACCGAACCUGGGGCCUCUCCUAUAUGCCAUUUCUUCCCAGCAGAUAAUUUUGUUUGUGUUCCUUCCGCUGCUUCGAUGCAGGAAUAAAAGCUGAUCCCAGUACUACGUACCCAAGUCCUAUCGUUUAGUCGUAUGCUUUGCACUUCAAUGUAUUUGUAUAACAUUAAUAUCUGUUUUCAUCUUAUAAUAAGCAACAAAGUCCAUGAAAGGAAUCAAAUGUAGCGAUGUACUUUUGGGGAAUAAAUUACCAAUGCCACAUAGAAUCAAUUUGGUUCUGCAA